AAUUCAUUUUUAAUCGUCAGUGUAGUUUUCAUCAAUUCAGAAUAUAAUCAAUAAUUUAAAUAAAAUAGUAAUGAAAUAUUUUAUUAAAAUCUUUAAAACUUUAUGUAUUGUUUUAAUGCUUUUGACAUCGUCUUAUGCAAAACAUCAUAAGCAAACGACUAGAAAAACCACUCCAGCAAGUACUCAAACACAUCCACAUUCAAAUUACAAUCAACAGCAGUCAGCAUCUUUAGGAAACGAACUGCAUGGAUUUAAUCAACAACCCCAGCAAGUAAUUGUUCAUCAUGUCCAACAGCAACCUAGUUCUAGUUAUGGAGGUGGAUUAGGAACAGUUGGAGGUUUGGCAAUUGGUGGUCUAGCUGGUGCAGGAGCAGGAUAUGCGCUAAGUAAAGCUCUAGAUAGUGACGAUGAUAAACAUGAUAAGGCUUCAACGACACCAUUAACGACAGUAAUUUCUGAGACCACAAAUCAUAGUAGUGAAACGGUUAGUUCCACAGAAUUACAAGCUAAUCAGACAAUAAAUACUGAGGCACCUUCAAAUCGUGCAAUAAGCUCAAAAACUUCGUUUGCCUUAGCUUUAAUAAUUGUCUCUUUCUUGGUUUUUCGAAUCUGAUAGUAAUUGAAAUAAAAUUUGUAAUUUGGCAACAUUAAAGCACAACUUUAGCGUUUUCGGAUAAAGAAAAAAUUUCUAUAAUUUUC